CCCGGCACAGGGAGAGGAAGAGGAGGAGGAGGAGGAGGAGCAUCUGCUGUCCCAUGCUGAUGAAAGAAAAAGGGGAGGGGCUCAGGAACCGGAACGUGAUCAAAGAGGAAGUCGUCAACCUUUGAUUGACACUUCAGUAGAUUGUUGACGUGGACCUGUCCCAGUUAGUGAAGAUCAAACGUCUACUGGUGUGAACUCUGCUCCGAGCUACUGGUGUGAACUCUGCUCCGAGCUACUGGUGUGAACGUGUCCACUCUUCACCAUCUGUCCUAAAGUCCCUCACAGACAUUAACGUGGUUCUGUUUCAAACAGAUCCAACAUUCAGUCUUUUUAUGAUCCUCAGUAAAUAAAUAUACAGAUUUAUAGAAACCUGAAGAAACCUCAGGGACCGAGCACAUCCACAAAAUCACAUCAUCACAACUUCCAUGAGAAAAGUUCUGCAGUAAGAAGUUUGAAUAAGUUCCAGCAGCGUCAGUUUGUCUCUUACCUUCACGGCUGCGAUGACAGAAUUCAAACUGACAGAGAACUGAAGCUGUUUCCAGAGGAAGUGAGAUCUCGGCUGAAAAGAGGUAGUGAGCGUGAAUAUUAACCGAGCGUGACACGUUCAGCAGCUUUUGAAAACAAUGAAAUAUUAAAAUGAUCUUAUCUUUUAAACGCUGCUUGUGUUACAUGAUAGUGUCACCACUGUAUGAACGGGACUGGGACCACAAUGUCUUCUGCUCGUCCUCUUUGUCCUCGUCUCAAAGACUCGUCUGAUAAACAGCUUCUCAGUCACGUUACUGCUGCAAGACAGAAUCAUUAAAACACUCAGAUUAUCAUUUAUCAUCUCCCUCUGAGUGGGUCAGUGUCUCAGAUUCACUCUGACCUCAGAUAAGCAGGACGCUGCCUCAUGAACACGACAGGGCCGAGGUCAAAGGUCAGAGACAAAAGCUCUGACCUCCAACUAACUGUCUGGAAAGUGUGGAGCAGAAAUCAUCAGAACAUAAAUUCUGAUGCAAGACGCUUUGUCUCACGACAUUUAAUCUCGAUGGACUCAAGAGAUUCUGUCCUGGAGAAACUGAAUUUGUGAGGUUUUAAAUAAGAUCAGGUGGUUUUCCAGCCGGUGUUGUUGUGGAUGUGAACAUAUGAUCCAGACAGUGUCAGUGAUCAGAGCGUCUGUAACCCAGAUCAGCACAAAACACGUCUGGAGAGGACGAGUAACUUUAGACCAGAUUUCAGCAAAUUUCUGUCUUUUCUAUAUUUCUUUUGAUGCUAAAGUUACAGCAGGAAACAAACGGAUCUUCUGGGAAACGAGACAAAGAGACGUCGUGAACAAAGAGGAAGAACCGAUGUAAACUAAAACUUAUCGUGAUUACACCCGUCCGCUGGUUCAGGAUAAAUACAGGAGGAGAUGAACAGGGUCAGUGUCGGAGGUGAAGUUCUGAGAAGCUGCUCUACAGAAUAAAAGACUUCCCACAGCUGCUCCUUGAGCCCAGACUCCCUCUUCAUCGUCACCCUCGUCUUCAUCAGCAGCACGAUGAAGGUGCUCAGUGUGUGUCUCACCCUCUUUCACCUUCUGACCCCGACUGGCUCCAUGCCGCUCAACUCCACCUCCCCGGCGCUCAAGUCCCCGGGCCUCUGUGAGUACGAGAGGCUGCAGUGCUCCGGCAUCGUGGGCUCCUUCUGCCCCCAGUGCGACGCCACUGGGAACUUCCUCCCACAGCAGUGCUGGGGCUCCACUGGGUACUGCUGGUGUGUGAACGUCAUCACCGGGGUGGAGACACCGGGCACCCAGACGGGCCCGGGGGUGGAACCUGGGGAGUGUGGCUCCUGGUUCUCCUGCCCCCCCGGCUGGAGCCACUUCACAGAGCGGUGUUUCAAAUUCAUCGACACCUCGAAGAUGUGGGUUGAAGCUGAGAUCUACUGUCAGUUUGAAGGAGCCAACCUGGCGUCCAUCCACAGCCACGAGGAGAACACCUUCGUCAUGUCUCUGACCCGAGGACGCACCCACGAAUUCCCCCCCACCUGGAUCGGGGGCGUGGCUCCCGUUCUGCCCGGUUACUGGUUGUGGGUUGACGGCUCCAAGUUUGAGUACGAGAACUGGUUCAACCACCACGACAUCAACAAUCCCAACCAGACCUGCCUGAAGAUGAACCACGGAUACGACUUCAAGUGGGUUUCCAACUCGUGCUCAGCCUCUUACCCGUUUGUUUGUUCCAAGUCAGUCUGAACUCAGUCGUCCAAUCAGGCUCCUUGGUGACAUGAAAGUGGCUUCAUCGCUCUAACUUCCCAGAAGUGACUCACUGCUGCCCGAUGACAAACAAACACACAAUACACACAACUCCCUCGGAUCCAGUCGGGGUUCAAACCAUUUACCAAUGAAUUCAGGUUCGGUUUGAGCCUCAAGUUUAUAUGUUCAAAACUCAGGACUUAUCUGUCAUCAUGUAUAUAUAAUUCAUAUAAACAUAAACUGUGAGAGGCUUCUCCCUCCCAGAUAUCAGUUUAUAGGAAGAUGGAGAUGUGUGAAUAGUGGAAGCUUCAGUUAUUAAUCAUACAGACGAUUUUAUCUAGUUUAAUAAUGUUGUCUCCUUUGACUUCACUGAAUUUGAUCUGAUCUAAUUUGUUUCUCUGGAUGAAACCAAACUGUCAAAAUGGGAAAGUCACGUUC